CAAUUCCUUACAUCUUGUUCAUCCUGAAUAUGCUUGGAUUGAUCCUCUGCCCGUUGGAAUUUCUCUUCAGCAUCCAAGUAAAAAGGCUAGAAAGGCACUGCAAGAACAAUCAGUCAGCAGUGAUGAUCAGCUGCAGAGAUCAAGAUCUUGUAUUGAUAUUGAGAAACUUGAAAAUGAGUUUGUUCUAACUUCAGCAGAAUAUUUGCUUUCACUGGAAAAUGUCAAAUGGACCUAUUCUGGAGUUGAAAAGCCUCCUUCAGACUUGGUUGAUCUCUUGGUCCAUUCAAAUUUAUAUGAUAUGGCCUUUACUGUUAUCUUGAAGUUUUGGAGGGGUUCAAGAUUGAAGAGGGAGCUGGAAAAGGCUUUUGCUGCUAUGGCAAUCAAAUGCUGUCCAAAUAGACCGGGCCCAUUAUAUGUUGGGAAUGAAUUCCGAAGUAAUAGUCUUCUGUUGACAUCAUCGGAGAAUGAAGUGACUUUUCAUGGUUCACCUGACGUUGGUCUUACUAUUUCAUAUUCUAAGGCUACUGGUCAAUGGGAAACACUUGAGGCGUAUCUUCAAAGGUACAAACCAAUUCAUGCUAGGCUACCGGUAAUUGUUGCUGAGACUCUUCUUCGCUCGGAUCCUCAGAUUGAGUUGCCUCUAUGGUUGGUUGAUAUGUUCAAGGGUGGUCAAAAAGUAAGGACUUUUGGGAUGACUGGGCAAGAAUCAAGUCCUGCAUCUUUGUUUCAACUGUAUGUUGAUUUUCAUCGAUAUUCAGAAGCUACGAAUUUGUUGCUUGAGUACAUGGAGACAUUUGCAUCAACCAGACCUGUAGACAUAAUUAACCGGAAAAGACCAUUUGGAGUUUGGUUCCCAUAUACAACAAUAGAGAGACUGUGGUGUCGACUUGAUGAAUCAAUCAGUUCGGAUCACAUGGUUGAUCAGUGCAAUAAACUCAAAAAGCUUCUCGAGGGAGCUUUGCUAAAUCAUUUGAAGCUGCUGAAGGUGGAUUCAGAUGAUGCAGUUUCUUCUGCUGGUUAAGAUGUUGGAAAAUGUGACUAACAUAGUGCAGAUUCAAGUUUUGAGAAAAUGAAAGAAAAUAACGGAAGAUCCUUCUUUACAGAAACCGGCAACCCAUCUGCAGCUGCUAUGACCUACGAACUAUACAUGGGUUAGUCUGGAGAUUUGGGGGGGUGCAUAAGAAUCUCACUUUUAAAGGCUUUGGCAAGUGAUGACGGAUAGUUCAUUUACAGUGCUUAGUGGAGAGGUAGGUUCCUUGGCUUUUGAGCUAUAAAUUAUUUUUAAUCUUUUGAAGUUAAAAAGAAAAUUGCUAGUUUCGGAAUUCAUUCGACUGAUGGAGAUGGAGAGUUCAUCUAAGCUGCCGCAUUAGUUCAUAGAUAAAUUUUUGUAAAAUCCACUUUGUACAUCUAUCAUUAUCAUACAUAUUUAUGUGUCUGCGUGCAUGCAUGUACGCAUGUAUGUGUGUAUAUGUAUAUAUGCAUAGUCUUCUAAACAUCUUGAAAGAAAGCGAGUUGGUUUCUUAUUAUGACAA